CAUCACAUGUCAAUUGGAGUCUGAAUGGUUUACCACGUCCUGGAGCACGUUUAACAUUAGUUUUUAGUGUCCUGGGUUAUAAACAAUUAACAACAAAGACCCGGAGCCCAUUAAAAUGAAUAAAAAAGUGUUGUGGUGAUCAAUGUACAGGUUAUUUUCCCCAAAUAUUCGGUGUAAAUUAGAGACAAUCAGGAUUUAAUGAGAAAGAGUGUUGGUACAUUAAGGAAUACUAUCACUGGACUCCAGGAAUCUCCAACAAUUGGCUACCACAGAUGUAUUGUUGGUUGUAAAUAAUUUUGUUGGUGAUUAACGUGCACUGGGGUCUGGGUUUCGAUAGUCAUCAGGGAAAAUGCCUUGUUGGUACUAUGACAAGAAGGAAUUACGACAUACACCAUCGAUCCAGGAUGGUAUUGACUACGAGACUGAAUGCAGGUACAGAAAGGAAGGGGCCAGGUUCAUCAUCGACACUGGAACAAAGCUGGAACUUGGAUACAAUACGAUGGCCACUGGAGUUGUUUAUUUUCACAGAUUCUACAUGUUCCAUUCGUUUAAACAGUUUCCUCGAUAUGUGACGGCCUGUUGCUGCCUUUUUCUAGCUGGCAAGGUCGAGGAGACACCCAAGAAGUGCAAGGACAUCAUCAAGACUGCCAAAACACUUCUGACUGAACAGAAAUUCCUGACAUUUGGGGAAGAUCCCAAGGAGGAAGUUAUGACGCUGGAGAGGAUUUUACUGCAGACGAUUAAGUUCGAUUUACAAGUGGAGCAUCCCUACAGCUAUCUCCUGAAGUAUGCCAAGUGUCUGAAAGGAGACAAAGGCAAACUCCAGAAAAUGGUGCAGAUGGCGUGGACAUUCGUGAACGACAGUUUAUGUACAACAUUAUCACUCCAGUGGGAACCUGAAAUAAUAGCUGUCGCCCUCAUGUACCUGGCAGGUAAACUCAGUAAAUUUGAAGUUGUUGAUUGGAAUGGUCGUCAGCCAAAGCACCUCCGAUGGUGGGAUAUGUUCGUGGAAGAUGUAACGAUGGAUUUACUGGAAGACAUUUGUCAUCAAGUUCUGGAUCUCUACUCCCAGACGAACAACGCCAAAGCUCCAGACUCACCACCACUCAUUCCAUCUAACAAUCGAGGACCAGAUAAUCCAGUUGUCGUACCGAAUAUCGAAUCUGCAUCGAGUACACCAAAUGCUGUCACUCCCUGCAAAAUUCCCAAGGUCGACUCGACGAUUCCCAUCGUCGCAGCUGCAUCCAACGGUUGUCUUCCAUCAGAACCAAUGGACACGACCAAACCCAUGGACAUACCAGGACACUUUCCACCGUAUCCUGGUAGCUUUCCACCAGCUCCUGCUUAUUCAGCUGUUUUUCCACCAGCAAAUAUAUCAGUACCACCACCACCACCAGUCAAUCCCAUGAAUCACAUUGUUCCACCAAUUCGUAUGGGUCACACACCCCCCAUCAGAUCCAAUCCACCAGCUACAAGUGCACCACCACCAUCAGCAUUUCCACCAUAUGGUUAUCAACCAAUGGUACAUUUUCCACCUAAUAAUCCAUCCACUGGGGGACCUGGUGGUGCUGCACCACCACCUCCACUACCCAAUAAUCCACCUCGUAAUUAUUAUCCACCUCAACCUUGAUGUUCAUCAGGGCUUUGAUGUAAUUCGAUAAUUGAGGUAAUGAAUUUUGUUUUUUGGGUUUAAUUGUCAUGUGGAUGAAAUGGAAUUUAUUUAAUUGGUGGAGGGAAUUGAUGGAGGGGAUGGGGGAGAGUUUUCAGGGAAAUUUUUUUGAUUUUCUGGGAGGGGUGAGGGAUCAAAAAUUUUUUCAGGAUAUUUUCAAUAAUAAUUUGUUUAUAUUUGGGGAGUUUUUGAUGAUAAGAGGUUGGAAUUGAAUUAAUUGUUUAUAUUUGUCACUUCAUCAUUCACUUCUCUUUUAAUUAUUUGGGGGGAGGGGGGGGGGAAUAUUGAUUUUGUAGAAAUUUUCACUGAUGAUGAGCACGAGAUUUUCAUUUUCUACGUCAGUACUGAAUUAAUUAAUCAAUUUAUCAUGCUGUUCAUCCCUAUUGGUGAUAAGGGUGGAAUAAAUAAACUGUUUUUUGUAGAAAUUCGAUAUGUUUGAUAAUAAAUUAGAAUUGUUUAAAUUA